UUGCAUCAUUCCAAUUUUCCGAGUCUCCUGCCGCUUUAAAUCGCAAGAGUGUCCCCCGACACUGACCAUAGAAAACACGACAGCGAAGUGUCAAAAUGCAGUGGCUUGUUUUCCUUGUUUCCCUGCUCGUGGACCGAGUUUCCGCCGGGCCUCUGGCUGGCGAUAUCAAAGUCAAUGUCCUAGAAGCGAUAUACGAGGACGUUCAGUGGGUCGAGGAACAUCCCCCAAGCGAGGACUACUGCGGUGUUUGUUCCGUGUGUUACGAUGGACUAGGAUGCAUCGAGAAGUGCCGUGGGUACUUCUACUACAUAGCCUGGCAGCCCCAAUCGCCCGACAAGAUCUCAACACAGUUCACGCUCUACUCAAGGCAAAACCCAGAUGAGGGCGUCAGCUUCGACUUCAGGGACGUGUCGGCCGCCUCGAAGUUUCUAGAUGCCCCACGAAUGCUUUUCUUCCUCGUUCAUGGCUUCGCCUCGAGCGCGCAGGAAUCUUGGAUGAUUGAUCUCCGGAGGAAUAUUCUGAAAGACAGCGACGCGAUAGUGAUCACGGUCGAUUGGUCCAAGGGCAGCUGUCCACCAUUUUACGCCAAGUCGGUGGUGAACACGCAAGUUGUCGGCCGAGAGAUUGCCGUCGUGCUUCAGAAACUGAUGGAGCUCUCACCAGAGAACGUCAAUCCCGGGACCACUCAUUACAUCGGACACUCACUCGGAGCUCAGAUGGCCAAAUUCUUCUCCGAAUACUUCAGAACACUCAGCGGAGGCUUGCUGAUUAGCAGAAUCACGGCUUUGGACCCGGCAUCACCCCUAUUCGAAGUCCAGAAUGUCUGCUUGAAUAGCUCGGCUGCGACGUUCGUCGAUGGGAUCCACACCUCGGCGGGUAUCAAUAUACUCCUCGGGAAACUCGGAGUCACACGACAAGUUGGACACGUCGACUUUUACGUGAAUGGAGGCACGGACCAGCCCGGCUGUAGUCUUUUGGAUAUAACUUGUGCCCACAACCGCGCGCAUGAUUAUUACGUGGAAGCUGUCAAGCUGGACUCAGACUGCAGUUUUGCGUCCUACGCCUGCGCCGGUGGAAUCAGGGAAUAUAAGCGCGGCAAGUGUCGGAAAGUACCUGGGGAAUACAACCAGAUAAGUUUGGACAAGAGUAUCGCUCUGCCUGGGCGCGGAGUCCAGUUCGUCGACACCAAGAGCUCAAGUCCAUUCUGUACAUGACGCCUUCGCAGUAGAAUAAAAAAUGUGUUCGGUCUUUUUUUGAG